AUGGGAAUAAGCAAUUUUGCGUCAAUUUGUUCGCGCACUCCUCUGCCACUCUGUUCAGUAAUAAAGUCUACCACUCACCUUGUUCUAUCGAACUCUACAAAGAUACAUGAUUUUGAUCCACAGCAUUUGAAUAUAGGUAUACUUCCGAAAUGUUACGCAAGAUCAAUUGAUAUAGCAAAUACAACCAUAUUUGGUAUUGGCAAUGCCUUUAUUAAUAUUGCGGCCCUAGGAGUUAUACUGAUCAUUCUUUAUAACAUCAGGCAAAAAUAUACAGCAAUUGGUAGAUCAGAAUACUUAUAUUUCUUUCAACUAACACUAUUACUGAUAAUAUUCACUUUGAUUGUCAACUGUGGUGUCUCACCACCAGGUUCUAAUUCUUUCCCUUAUUUUGUUGCCGUACAGAUAGGCCUCGCUGGUGCAUGUUGUUGGACGUUGUUAAUCAAUGGGUUUCUGGGUUUCAAUCUAUGGGAAGACGGAACCACGAAAUCUAUGCUGUUAGUUAGAGGUUUUUCCCUCUGUGGGUUCAUGGCUAACUUUCUCGCCUCUAUCCUUACAUUCAGGACAUGGAUCGAAAACCACGAGAUACCAAACACCAACACUACUGCUCUGUUCGUAGUUGUUUAUUUGUGGAAUCUCAUAAACCUCUUUAUCUUUGUUAUAUGCCAAUUAUUUGUAUCGUUCUUCAUUGUCAGAAAUCUAUGGGUAACAGGCGCAGUGCUACUGGGAGUAUUUUUCUUUGUCGCUGGCCAAAUUUUAACAUACGGAUUUUCCUCACAGAUAUGCGAAGGUGUUAAGCAUUAUUUGGAUGGAUUAUUUUUUGGGAGCAUAUGCAACAUUUUUACAUUGAUGAUGGUCUACAAGACUUGGGAUAUUACUACAGAUGACGAUCUUGAAUUUAGCGUUAGUAUCGACAAGAAUGGAGAUGUAUUAUACAAUUGA